CAAAAUCCGUAAAUUUAAUUAGAAAAUUUUGCAGUUAAAACUUGGUGAAAACACAACGUAGAGAAUUGAAUUUGAGUUGCACUCUCAAUGUUUAAAUAAGCAGACGCAGUUGUAGUACUAAAUAAGCUUAAAUGUCUUCGAGUCUUUGGGUUUGUCGUCACACUGUUCAGUGUUACCGACCCAAUCAUGGCUGUUUUUUUAAUUUAACUCGCGUUUUACAUAGCUGGCAACAACUUUAACUGGCAUUCCUAACUGUACAAUGAUGGAGACCAAGAUUACUCCAAACAUAUAAGUACCUCGCUUCACGUAUAAAAUCAGUCUUACAUCGAACGUUGAUUAAAUAAAUCCUCGCUACCAAUAUUAAUUAUCGAAGGGAUAUCUUUAGUAAUUUCAAAAAUUACACGGCAUCUAUGUAAUCCAUGCGUGUGCUUAAAACUUAUUGAAACAUAAAAUAUCGUGCAAGUGUUGGAUACUGUAAGAGUACCGGUUAUUCGAAAAAAAAUGAGACAGAUUAAAAAUAUUUCACGAGUUGGAUUGCUCGUGCUGAAGCUGUCGUUCUGUUUUAUAAUGUCAAACGGCUUGUUUCAACAAAGCUGUAACUAUUCACAGCAUUUAAAACCCGGUGAUAUCUAUUACGUGUACAAUCAGGAUUAUCCCGACGCUUCUAACGGUCGACAACACUGCAAGUGGUUUGCGGAAAGUGAUUAUCGCAUUAGAUUAACGUGUAAUGUUUUCAACAUACCGUGGAAUUUUAGGUGCGCCUUAGAUAAACUGACUGUGUAUGUGAACGAGUCCGUGUCUUAUUCUUUUUGCGGCAACGAGACAUUUAGCGUAGAAUCGACGGGAGAAUUCAUGACCAUUGAAUUAUCAACCGCGUUCUGGUCGUCGGGAGUUAAGUUCCUGUGCGAACUGCAAGCGAUUGACGAUGACAUAGAGAAUGAUAAUUGCAGAUGCGGAUGGAAAAACCCGACAAAGAUAGUGGGAGGUAUGGAAACUGGCGUGAACGAAUAUCCCAUGAUGGCUGGUCUCGUCGAUCCUCUUCGAAAAGAAUUAUAUUGCGGAGCGACUAUUAUAUCUGAAAGACACGUAAUAACUGCCGCACAUUGUUUGACAGACAGACAGACGAAUAAUGUUGGUGUACUUGUGGGAGAUCACGAUCUCAGCACGGGUGCAGAUACAAAUGCCUCGCGCAUCUACACCGUUUCCAGAUUUUACGUGCAUCCUUUUUAUAACGACGCAUCCUUAGAAAAUGACAUAGCCAUAGUAAUGUUGAAUUCUGAUAUAAGUUUCAGCGAAGAAGUCGGGCCGGUUUGCCUUCCGUUUCAACAUCGGUCCGAUUCCUUCGCAGGAAGUUACGUGGAUUUAUUGGGUUGGGGAACGACACAAUGGACAGGAAUGAAGUCUAAAACUUUACAGAAAGUCACGGUAACCGUGAUUACGUAUCGAGAGUGUCGUCGACAGUAUCCGAAUGUUUCGUAUAGUCAAUUGUGCACUUAUGCAGAAGGAAAAGACGCGUGUCAGUUCGACAGCGGUGGCCCCGAUCUUUGGCAGAAUCCUACGACGAAGCGAGAGGUUCUCGUGGGUGUCAUUAGUUCUGGUAUCGGUUGCGCCAGUGAUAAACCAGGAAUCAAUACGCGUGUCGGCACAUACAUAGAUUGGAUCUUAGCUGUAACGCCGGGCACCGAUUACUGCAAACCUGAAUAAGAAGCGUAUAAAUAGAAAUAUAUAAGGAUUUAUUUAAAAUUUAUAUUAUCUUAUAGAUAUUCUAAUUUACUGCGUUUUUUGUA